GGGAGAUUUGCGCUGAGCUGGACGCACAGAGGCGGAGAGGCUCGGGUUAUCAGGAUAUUUAAGCAGCAGGAUCAGCACGAGGAGGCGGAAACCGAGUGUUUAGUUUAGCAGCUGCUGGAUAAGCAGCCAGCUUUACAGCUCCAUCCACUGGAGGUGAGAUCUUACCUGGACGCACGGCCUGCUGGGAAAAUGCAUUUCAUUCCACCUGUCAGCAAAAACAGGAUCAUAUCCAAAUUCCCCAAGUGCUAUAAUCCUCAGGCCUGCCUGCAGAUGAAGGAGGACUGGAAUGAGAAGGCUAAGUCGGCGUGUCUGGACCGAGCCGCCCGGCAGCACGGGAUGGACAGGCUGAAGAUGUCUAAAGCAGUAGUAGUUGGAGAUCUUAACGUGGGGAAGACCUGCUUAAUUAACAGGUUCUGUAAAGAUGCUUUUGAUCGGGACUAUAAGGCCACAAUCGGUGUUGAUUUUGAGAUCGAGAGAUUUGAGCUCUCUGGGCUUCCGUACUCUCUUCAGAUAUGGGACACGGCUGGUCAGGAGAAGUUUAAGUGCAUUGCUUCAGCGUAUUACAGAGGAGCUCAGGUGAUUAUCACAGUCUUUGACAUGGCAGAUAUUAAGACUCUGGAGCACACACGGCAGUGGCUGGUGGAGGCUCUGAGAGAGAAUGAACCAAACGCCUGCUUCAUCUUCUUGGUUGGUACCAAGAGAGACCUACUGUCUGCAGAGGAAUGCCAGCGGACAGAGAGAGACGCAGUAAAGAUAGCGUCAGAGAUGAACGCUGAGUUCUGGUCCGUCUCGUCCAAAACAGGGCAGAAUGUGCAGGAGUUCUUUUUCCGAGUGGCCGCUCUGUCCUUCGAGGACGCCAUCCUGCAGGAAAUUGAGCUGAGCAGCAGCAGCGCUGUUCGGAUAGGAGACGGAGAAAUCCUCAGUAGAAGUUGACGCAGGAGAUCAGCAGGACAGAGCAGCCAGGAAACCGUCCUGCUGCUGAUCCAGAGCUGCUGAUCCAGAGCUGCUGAUCCAGAGCUGCUGAUCCAGAGCUGCUGAUCCAAAGCAUUAACCCGCAGUGAGAGGAGGAGGAAGCAGAGGAGAACAUGAAGAAGUUCCACAGAAGAAAGGUUUAUAUGCUUCAGUGUUUAAGAGUCAGAACUGUGUUUUAUCUGCAGUUUAUUAAAGGAAAGAUACCCGAGACUCCGCCCAGAAUGACCACAGACUGAAUAAGAACGAUGAUGGUGUUUCACUGCCUCAGUAUUGAUCUUCUCUAAUCACUGCCACUAACAUAUACAUGCCAUAUAUGUAUAUAAAUAUACAUUUUUGUGGUGUCAGUGUUUUUUUAUAAUAAUUAAUAAAUAUGAUGAUGUUUAAGGUACAACUGAUUGAGUGGAUUGUAUGAAACUGACUCUGCAUCAAAAAAUCGAAUGAUAAAAUAGAACUCAAAUGGAAUUUAAAUUAAAUUCAGUAUUUUUUAAACCUUUAUCUGAAACAAAUUGUAAAUGAGUUACUAUGUGUACAAGUUGCAUUUAUAAUUCAGAUUUGUUUUUAUAAUUUUCUAAAACAAACUUUUAUUAUUAUUAUUCAUUAAAAUAUGUGUUGUAAUUUCA